GCCGUCUUCUUUUCCGAUGAACCCAUAACAACAGUGUCGUGAACAUCAGAGGUAUUUCUGCGUGGCGUGAGAUUAAAUAGUGCAAUGCCGUUCACGCAAAGAUCAAGCGGGACAAAUGCGGAGAGUGACCAGUGAAGGGAUCCACCAUGGGGAACACGCCAUCAAAGAGUGGCGGCGCAGAGGAACCGGUCAAAACAACUUUGUUUCAGAGGGAAAUGAGUGGUACAACAUAUAGAAUCCCUGCUCUCAUCUAUCUGAGGCACAGUCACACCUUCCUCGCCUUUGCAGAGAAAAGAUCUUCUUCCGCGGAUUGUGAUGCCAAAAUUCUUGUUAUGAGAAGAGGAACGCUGAAAGAUGAUGGAUCCGUUCAGUGGUCGUCCAGCCAGGAGCUGUCAACAGCAUGUCUAAAAUCCCACCGCACGAUGAAUCCCUGCCCGGUGUUUGAAAAAAACAGCAAAACGCUGUUUCUAUUUUUCAUCUGCGUCUGGGGCAACACCACGGAGCGCAGGCAGAUCAUCACGGGCAAGAACAGGGCCCGCCUUUGCUGCGUCAGCAGCGGCGACGACGGGCAGACCUGGAGUCAAGCGAGAGACUUGACGGAAAGCGCGAUCGGUGAGGCCGUCCACAGGUGGGCCACGUUCGCCGUGGGCCCGGGCCACGGCGUGCAGCUGGAGAACGGCAGGCUGAUCGUCCCGGCGUACGCCUAUCACGUCCCCCACAGGUGCUGCUCCUUCCCCGUCCCUUUCACGGUCCGCCCGCGCGCUCUGUCGCUCUACAGCGAGGACUUCGGCCAGACGUGGCGCGUGGGCGAGAUGCUUCGGAAGACGUCGUGCGAGUGCGAGAUGGCGGAGAUCAUAGACCACGAGGGCCGGAGUCACCUCUACUGCAACGCCCGCAACGCCGGGGGCCCCAGGUGCGAGGCCCUGAGCGAAAAUAGCGGCGUGUGUUUCGACAAGCCCCACGUGGCCCCGGAGCUGGUCGAGCCGCCCAGGGGCUGCCAGGGCAGCGUGGUUGGCUUUCCCGCUCCCGAGUUUGUGCCCAACGACGACGCCGAGAGCAAAGCGUGCGGCACGUCGCUCUUGUCCCCGGACUCGCAGACGUGGCUCCUCUUCGUGCACCCGAGCAACAAGUCCAGCAGGAGGGACAUGGGCGCGUACCUCAACCGGUCCCCGCUGCACUCGUCGGGGUGGGACCGGCCCAUGAUCAUCCACCGCGGGCCCAGCGGCUACUCAGACGUGGCGUACAACGGGGAUAAGGAUCAGUUCUCAUGCCUGAUGGAGUGCGGCAAAGAGAGCGAAUUCGAGCAGAUCGCUUUCAUGUCGUUCAACCUCAACGACGUCAUGCAGGCGGGCAGCAGGAAGGACAAGAAGAUGCGCUGAGUCGCGCCGCGCUUCAUUUCUGUAUUAACAAAGCUCGUUCAACAUUGUCCCGCAACCUAAAAAACAAAAGAGAACAAAUCAGCAAGCAAAAGCCACUAGAUUUGCUGUGGUGUGACAUCUGUCUGUGCUUACGUGAAGAUGAUAAUUUAUGCAUGAGUCGGGUGUUUUGUUGUCUCCUUGUUUACAUGAAAAAGUAAUUCAAGUGUUAAUAGUAUUAAUAUGCAAGCUGUUGCGUAAGGAAGGAAACAACGAUUAAUCGGUCUGAUGGCUGAUUUUUAAAGCAUGCUGUCAUCUUCAAAACAGGCUUUGUGUGUUGCAUGUUUGACAAAUAGUACUUUGUGCUCAUCUCUGCAUCUUAUUCAACUCAGUAUAUUCUGAGGAGUGGAGCGAAUUAGCCUACCUCUUUUUAUUUUCAUAUGAAGAUCAUAGCAGGCCUUGUAAAGUAGAGUUUCCUCCCUGCGCAGUCGCUCCUUUAUAUUUAACUCUGAUUCACUUAUGCCUUCUAGUCUGCCAGUGCACAACCUUUCCUCUUGGUCAAAGUCGGCGCCUCAAAGUUGCCAACGGAACUGAACCCGAAAUGAUAAAACAUUGACUCUUUACUUGCCACAUCCAGCAAAUCAACCAGGAGACCAACCAAACUGUACCACAUCGAUGGAGGCGAGCAGUUGGUGGACUAACACUGAAUGUUAUUACGUUCAUUUUCAAAAGCAAUAUUUCACUUUCACCAAGUUCUGUUUGUCAUAUCUUUUUAUUUUCCAUUUUUCGAUGCACUUAGCAUGAUUUUCUAAGCGACGUCAUGACCAGGUAUGAUUGGCUGUUGGUUAUCAAGUUAACGCAUGUAACGGCAUGUAACAGCAGAAGAAGACUCACUAUUUAUACACACACACACAAUGUGCUACUGAGCCACAUAACAUCUUUGGCUAACGUUGUGAGGCAAAAUGCCGCCAGGUGGUUCCACACUAGUUUCAUGGUGUUUUUGUUGACUGUUGUGGAAAGUGAGAAAUCCUGCAUGAAACGUGUAUUUUAGUAGAAAAUAAAAGUAACCUGUUAUCACACGA